AUGUUGCUGGUGGCUGGAGUGUUGAUGCAGCUUUCUGCAAGCCAGUUUGGUGAUACGUACAAGGAUUUUAAAUGUGUAUUCUUUGACCACCACUUCCUCUUUGAAUUUAAUGUGUGGGCCGGCCUUUGCUGGCCCAGCCCGAGGGGCCGAGGCGGGUGGAAGCCUGGCGCGCUGCUUGGCCGGCGGGAGGGUGCGGAGGGCAGCCCCGCCUGGACCGGACGGGGCGCCGCCUGCGUCUGCGUGUUUUCCCUGGGACCGCACCGGAGCUGCCAUUGUCGCGGCCUGGUGAAGUUUUGUGCCGAGAUCACCAGCAAGGGCUUCCUACGGCUCUUCCUCCCCAUCAGCGGCACGGCGAGGCUGGGGGCUGCGCGCUGGCUGUGCUUGCGCCCGCGGCCCGGCCGUCCGGGUGCCGGCGGGGCGAGGUGGGCCGGGCGCCGCCUCCUGCCAGUGUUGCGUGGAAGGCGUUUCCUCAAGCCCGGUGAGAUUUGGCUGGAGCUGACUUCGGAGCGCUUGUCCAGCGCGGGGAGACGUGCGGGGGACGCUGCCCUGCAGCUCCAGCUGAGCAACAGGGGUCGGCUGCUGACCUUGGCGACGGGGCUGGCGUCGCGCGCAGGUCGCACUCGUGUGGCAGCCCGCGACCUGCCUGUGGGGCUGCCGCCCAGAAGCUGGAGAGGUUGCGCAGAGCCCAGCGUCCGCGCCUCGGGUGUGGGUGUUCAUCUGCCAGCUUUGAAGACCCUGAAGCGUGGAAAGGAUGGCAAGCAUGCGUGAUCACGUGUGCUGGUGGAAGCAAAUCUACAUGGCCAAAUGAACUUGAGUAUAGGAACUGAUGUAGUGUGUAUUCAAAGUUAUUUAAAAAAUCUUGGAAAUCCUCCAAAGUCUGCUCUGGGUAUGCCUCAAAACCAAGACUGGGAGAACAUGGUGCAGGUGUGGGUAGAUAAUAGGAAGCUUCUGCAGUUUUUCCAGGGACAGCAAAUAAACCCUACAACGGCCUUUUGUAAUAUUUUGAGCAAAACUCUUUUUCAUCUUGUUUUGGUUCAUGAAGCUGUCUCUCUUCAGUAUUUUGUUCCUGCCUCAUAAAAAUUCAGCCAACCUGAAUUUUUUUUUUAAAGCUUAUGAUCUUUUCAAAACUGAAACAGACCCUGAGUUUAUUGGGUUGAAAGUUUACACCCUCACUAAUUUACGCAGGACAUGUAUUUUGUUGAGCCUUUCUUCCUUUGCAAAAAUUAUAUUAAAAUAUCAUUGGUGAAAUAGUUGGAUAGUUCAGCUUUUUGUUUAUAGGCUUUAUUAAUAUUUUUCAAGCUGCUUAAGAUUUCAACAAG